AUGGUUCCCCAGCUCUCCGUUGCUGCGUCCAUGGGGAUGUGCUUAGUUUCAGUUUUAGCCAUAGCCUUCCUGGCAAUCACCCUCUACAUCCUUGGUGUUGUUGUGUCCUUCGCAGUCUUCUGCACCAGAGAGUUCGCCCAGAGAGCCCAAGACCGGCCACCGCUCAUCGGGACUGUGCUUCGUCAACUGAAGAACUUUGACAAGCUCUUUGACGAACAAGUGUCAUAUGCGCUUCUGCAUCCCACCAGCAGGCUGGUCUAUCCUGGGCACAGUGAGAUCUUCACCUCUGACCCCGCUGUCAUCGAGCAUUUUCUGAAGACCAACUUCAGUAAAUACAGUAAGGGGGAUUUCAACACACGAGUCAUGAGGGAUCUCUUUGGGAAUGGAAUUUUCGCAACUGAUGGGGAGAACUGGCGACACCAGAGGAAGCUAGCAAGUCACGAGUUCUCAACCAAAGUGCUACGUGACUUCAGCAGUGAUGUUUUCAGAAUUAAUGCUGCAAAGCUGGCAGAGAAGAUUUCAUACGCAGCAGCUAACAGAUUUACCAUAAACAUGCAGGACCUUUUGAUGAGAACAACAAUGGAUUCCAUGUUCAAAGUGGGGCUUGGUUUUGAGCUUAACACACUAUCCGGAUCAGACGAAUCUAGCAUUCGAUUCAGCAAGGCGUUCGAUGAAGCAAGCUCUCUUGUUUACUACCGAUAUGUUGAUAUGUUCUGGCAAGUAAAGCGCCAGCUUAACAUCGGAUCAGAAGCCAAACUCAAAAGGAACAUUCAGAUAAUCGAUGAUUUUGUGAUGCAGUUGAUCCACCAAAAGAGAGAGCAAAUGAAGAAUAGGCAUGAUCAAAAAGCUAGAGAAGACAUACUAUCAAGAUUCAUACUGGCAAGUGAGGAGGACCCAGUGACAAUGAACGAUCGCUACCUACGUGACAUAGUCCUCAGCUUCCUGAUUGCUGGGAAAGAUACCACAGCAAAUACCCUAUCAUGGUUCAUUUACAUGCUCUGCAAGAACCCCAUAGUGCAGGAUAAGAUUGCCUAUGAAAUCAAGGAAUCUGUUGAAUUGGCGCAAGAAGAUAACAUUGAGACCUUCACUGCAAGGUUAAAACAAGGUGCCAUUGACAAGAUGCAGUACCUCCAUGCUACGUUAACUGAGACACUCCGGCUGUAUCCUGCUGUUCCAGUGGAUGGCAAGAUGGCAGAUGAAGAUGAUUUGCUACCCAAUGGUUAUAGAGUGAUAAAAGGAGAUGGAAUGAACUAUAUGAUCUAUGCCAUGGGGAGAAUGAAAUACCUUUGGGGUGAGGAUGCUGAAGAAUUCAGGCCUGAAAGAUGGCUAGUGGAUGGAAUCUUUCAGCAAGAGAGCCCUUACAAGUUUAUAUCUUUCAAUGCGGGCCCACGUAUAUGCUUGGGGAAAGAAUUUGCAUACAGGCAGAUGAAAAUCAUGGCUGCUACCCUGAUACACUUCUUCAGGUUCAAACUGGAAGAUGAAUCCAAGAGUCCAGUAUACAAAACAAUGUUUACUCUCCAUAUGGAUGAAGGCCUUCAUCUUUUUGUGUACCCCCGUAAUAUUUCAGCUUGA